UGGCGCGUGCUGCUUUCCAAGGUGCUGAAGCGUAAAGGACAUUUUUAUUUUAGGUUGCUGGAACUUUUGUUCACUUUCGCCAACAAAACCGAGUUGCUAAUACCACCCAUCAGCUGGAUGAGCGACUUUCUCUGAGCAACCACAAUGAGGAGGCAGGAAAACCAGCCAGCCAGGCCAACAGCAGGCUGCCUGUCUGUGCCGCUCUUUAACCAGAAAAAAAGAAACAGAGUUCCUUUGACAUCUGCUCCCUCCGAGAAUGAAUUCUUCUCUCACAGUGAAUACAUGGCAAGCGCCAGCUCAGCCACGUCUCACAGCACAUCAGGUACCUAUGGAUGUUACCAGGCCUCAGCUCCAUCCUCUGGUGCUCCACAAAGCCACCUGUGGAACAGACAGGGCCUCCCACCAUCCACUCUGCCCCAGCAGUAUGGCAGCAACAGACCUGCUCCUGGACCUGCCCCUGCCAUGAGAAACUAUGCUCCCAUACCACAUCCAUACAAAGCUGGAGGUACAAGCUCUAAGAUGGGACAGCUCAGCAACCCAGUGACACAACAGGAACCCAGCCCCACUGUAAACUCCAGACAGAGCGAAUAUCGAGCCGCCCCCAUCAGUGAGAGUGCACAAAGCAAGCCAACACCCCAUACUGGGUUCUCUAAAAUGGGUCAGCAGUCAUCUUACAGGCAGGCCAAUCCCACACAUCAGUAUUCCCAGCGACCCAGACCUUUGCCUGCUCCUGUUCCACCACCCAGCAGGCCCUCUGCUCAUGCAGCGCAGCCACAAAACAACUCCUGGAAGUUCACUAACAGCUUUGGGCCGCAGAAACCCGCCUUUGAGGGAAACAGGGGCAGAAAUCAACCUCAGACUGUGAGACAAACUCAAACUCAGCAGGCAACAUUUCCAGUGAAGCCAGCCAUUGAGAACUCUCUGAGGAUCCUGACUGCAGUUAUUGAUGGCAUGAGGCACUGGAGCCAGUUUAAAGACAAAGUCCCAUACUUAUUUGAGAUAUUUGCUACUCUAGACUCUGCGGUCACACAGGGUCGCCAUGGAGCCAAGAACUUCCUCAUGAGAGACGGGAAGGAGGUUGUGCAGUGUGUCUUCUAUGAAAAUGAGCAGGAACUGCCUCGUCUCAUUCGUGGUCAAGUCCAUCGCUGUGUGGGGAACUACGACCGCAGUAGAGAUGUCCUGAUAUGUGUGUCCGUCAGACCCGGCCUGCCCUCAGAGCUGAGGAAUGCUCAGGAGGCGGUCAAAGCCUGUGAUGCAGAAAUGAGAGUGCUGGUCAAAUCCCUCAGUGAAGUCUGAGCAAGAGUAGGUAUCUUCAGCAGUAAGACUGAUAGGUAGAAAGUAUACCAGUAUUUUAUGGGGGUACAUGAGAGCCAAGCUUAGUGCUAUAUUGUAAUAGAAAACGUUUGUUGUGGCUUAAAGUCCCAGUAGUUUUUCAAAGCAUGUUUAAGCUAUUAUUUGUAAAGUGCGCUGUUGCCAUUAGCUUGUUGUAUGCAAACAAAUGCACUUGUACUGAACUUUAAGAGCUGAAUUCACUGGCAUGUUCUGGCGUAGAUGUGUUUGUAUUUAUUUGUCAACCAAAUAUAUAAAGAGUUGUUUCAUGUAACCAAAACUGUAACGGAAA